AUCAAAUCCAAUCGGCAAGUGACGCCCGCUGACGCCGCUCGUGCGUCAUCUCCAGGCGACGUCGGGUUCCAGCUUCGCGCCAAGUCGCGGAUGGAGGAUUUUCAUACUUUUUAACUAUUCGUCCAAAUACUGCGGGAAAGCGUGUUCGUGAUGGACAUACGGCGGUUCUUUGCACCGACAGCAGCAAAGUCUGUGGUGCAAAAACCAGCCCCGAAUGGAAACUUAAAAGCGGACGAGAGGAGGAGGAAUCCGCUGUCUUCAGACGAGGACCUGAAGAAGAAAGAUGCGACCAAGACCAAAGGCUCGAAAAAAGUAGAAAAACGCAAGGAUGGUGAGAAGAAACGAAAGAAGCAUGCAGUCAUAGAGUCAGACUCUGAGGAGGAGCCAGUGGGGAAGGUAAAGAAGUCCUCUAAAGAGAAACCGAAGGUCACCAACUCAAAAAAAGCCUCGGUGCAGCAUGUCUCUGAAACAGACUCGGACAGCGACAACUUUCUGUCCUUUGAGAAAGCCUCCAAAACCAAACAGAAUGACUCAUCCAAGUCCGAUACGGACAGUUCUCGGGGGAAGGAAUUGUUGAAGUCUCCCAAGCCGCCCUCCUCUCAGGGAAAGGCUGCGAUGAAGCAGCCUGCUGUGCCGGUCACGCCUAAGUCUGUCCCACCCCCUCAGCCCAAACAAACCCCCACCUCAGUUUUUGACUACUUCAGGGAUGGGACUAUUCAGCGCUCUGACAAGAAGCUGGUAGCCAGCACCAAACGAAAGGCACCAACUCAGGACACGGGUGAUCUGCUAAGUGAUGAGGAAAUUGCCAGGCAGCUGCAGAUGGAUGAGGACAUGGAGUUUGAAAAGCAGGUUCAUGAGGACGAGGAGUUUGCCAGGACAUUGGCCAUGCUGGACGAUGAACCCCAGGCUAAGAAGGCUCGUAAAGGUUCUGAUGAAAAACAAGCCCUUACUGCAUUUUCCGAAAAGAGCCACACAGACUCUGCUGCUGGCAGCACAAGCAGUCCGUUUAAAAGCAGCCGAAUCAAGUCAGAGGAUGUGAUCAGUCCGUCUCCUAAGAAGAAUCCUGCCCCUGUCAAACCUAGCUCCAAACUGGCUCUGCUGAAGAAGAGGGAUGAGAGAGAUGAAGGCCCGAAGAGCAAAAUAUCAGCGUCACCCAGAAAAGUGCAAAUCUCUCCCAAAAAGGAGCCCCUCACCUCAUCAGUGUCAGACAAGAUGUCCACACACAGUGCAACUAAACCUUCUCCCAAAAAGCCUUUGAGCACGACCACGAGUCCUGAAGAUGCCGAGAAGAAGAAGAACCACGGUUCAGCUUUCAGGAACUACCUCAACAGAGAUGGACCACGAGCUCUGGGCUCCAAGGAAAUCCCACAAGGAGCGGAGAACUGUCUGGAGGGCUGCGUGUUUGUACUGACAGGAGUCAUGGAGUCGAUGGAGAGAGAUGAUGCGAAAUCUCUCAUCGAGCGCUAUGGAGGCAAGGUGACGGGCAACAUCAGCAAAAAGACCACCUACCUGGUACAGGGCAGAGACAGCGGCGUCUCCAAACUGGAGAAGGCAGAGAGUCUGGGUACCAAGAUCUUGGAUGAAGAUGGUCUGUUGGAGCUGAUCAGAACCCAACCAGGAAAGAAGUCUAAGUAUGAGAUUGCUGCAGAGGCUGAGUCCAAAGCCUCAAAGACCAGGACGCCUUUGAGCCAAAAGAGGACCCCCAAAGCCCAGAAGAUCUCUCCCUCCAAGGGCAAUUCGAGGUCCCCUCACACUCCAAGCCCAUCAAAAACCGAACUGGCACAAGGUUACGGCGGGAAGUCCAAGGACAGCGGCACGCCUCCUGGGAGACGCUCAGGUCACAUGGCUCGGCGAGAUCUAGGUCUUGCUUCCUCUGCCCCUUCACCUUCAGACCCAUCAACGGCCGGAGAUGAAGGCAGCCUGCUGUGGGUGGACAAGUACCGCCCGCGCUCCCUGAAGACUCUGAUUGGGCAGCAGGGGGAGCAGAGCUGUGCCAACAAGCUGCUGCACUGGCUGAGGAACUGGUACAAAAACCACAGUGGAGGUGCUUCCAAGGCCCCAGCAGCAAGGUUUGGUAAGUUUGGAGGCAAAGACGACGGAUCAGGGUUUAAAGCGGCUCUGCUCUCUGGGCCACCGGGGGUGGGGAAGACCACCACAGCUGCCCUGGUCUGUGAGGAGUUGGGCUUCAGCUAUGUGGAGAUGAACGCCAGCUGCACCCGCAGCAAAAACAACCUGAAGGAAGUUGUGGCAGAGUCACUUAACAACACCAGCAUUGAGAGCUUCUACAAAGGCACUUCUCAGACUGUGAGCAAUAAACAUGUCCUGAUCAUGGAUGAGGUUGACGGUAUGGCUGGCAACGAGGACCGUGGAGGAAUUCAGGAGAUGAUUGGCCUGAUCAAAAGUUCAAAGAUUCCCAUCAUCUGCAUGUGCAACGACCGCAACCACCAAAAGAUAAGGUCACUGGCCAACUACUGCUUCGAUCUGCGCUUCCAGAGGCCGCGAGUAGAACAGAUCAAGGGAGCCAUGAUGUCCAUUGCUUUCAAAGAGGGAAUAAAGAUCCCACCCCCAGCUCUUAAUGAGAUUAUUCUGGCCUCCAAUCAGGAUGUCCGACAGGUGAUCCACAACCUGAGCAUGUGGUCUGCCAAAGACAAGGUGAUGACGUAUGACCAGUGCAAGUCUGACGCAGCCAGCGCCCGUAAGGACAUGAAGCUAGGGCCGUUUGACGUUUGCCGAAAGGUGUUUGCCCUGGGCGAGGAGACGGCCCACAUGAGCCUCAUUGACAAGUCCGACCUCUUCUUCCACGACUACUCGCUAGCGCCGCUGUUUGUCCAAGAGAACUACCUUCAUGUUCGUCCAGCAGUUGCUGGUGGAGAUCUUAAGUCCCACCUGGUGUUGCUAAGCAAGACAGCGGACUCCAUCUGUGAUGGGGACCUGGUGGACAGACGGAUCCGCUCGGGCCAGAAUUGGUCACUGCUGCCCACCCAGGCCAUCUAUGCCAGUGUGUUACCAGGUGAGCUCAUGAGAGGAUACAUGUCUCAGUUCCCAACAUUCCCGAGUUGGCUCGGCAAGUACUCGUCUACCAAUAAACAUUCCCGCAUCGUCCAGGAGCUGGCCUCACACAUGAGUUUAAAGACGUUGAGCAGCAGACAGGCAGUCAACCUGGACUACCUGCCCUACAUGCGGCAAGCGCUACUGAGUCCACUCCAGACGCUUGGAGCAGAGGGAGCUGGGCAAGCUGUGCAGCUGCUGGACGAUUACCAGCUUGUCAAGGAGGAUGUGGACAGCAUCAUGGAGAUCAGCACGUGGGGUGGACAGCCGGACCCCUACUCUAAACUGGACUCCAAGGUCAAGGCAGCUUUUACGCGGGCGUAUAACAGAGAAGUUCACCUGACUCCAUACUCACUGCAAACUGUAAAGAAGGGACGCCGUGGGGGUGGGGGAGAGUCAGAGCUGGGGGAGGAUGAGGUGAACCAAGCUGUUCAAGAGUCCGAGGACGAGGGAGAGAACCUGAAAGCAGACGCUAUGAUCAAACAGAAAAAGGCCAAGGCCACAAAGGAGACAAAGAAGGAGAAGGAAGAUUCUGGGAAGGGGAAAGGCAAAGGCAAGGGGAAAGGCAAAGCUAAGAAAUGAGGACUCUGUUUGUUCUGCGAGAACAGACUAAUGAUUUUGCUGCGCUCACAAGCAUCAAAGUAGUGAAACUGGCACUAAACUCUGCAGGUAACUAACUCAUCCAGACAUUAACAAGACUCUUAACCUUCCUGUUUUUUUUUCCUUUUAAACAUAUUUUCAUAUUUCCAUCAUAGUGUCUUCACACCGAACAAACGUUAUCAGUUCCACCUCAGCAUUAUCAUGUUUGUCCGUUGUAGUCUCUCACCAGGAGCGUUGUGCAUUUCUUCCAUCGUCACUUUGUGAUGCAGGUGUCGAGGCUGUAAAUAAUGUGAUUCCAGUGUACAGUGUAACGGCGACUGUUACCUUUUGCUACGACGACCAAACCGCAAUACCUUUGUUCUACAUUUAGCACUGACCCUGUACAUUGCAAUUCUGUAAAAAUGAGAAUAAAAAAAAAAUGCUG